AUGAAGAGUGCACCAGAUGUGAAAGGAGCCACUCAAACUGUCUUCAAUGAUGCAAAACGUGGUGCUGAAAUGACUGGCACCCUUCAAUUUAUGGCGGCAGAACUCUUGGGGGCUAUUGUACAUAAAAACCGCAAGGUCAAGCACGAAGCCCACCACGACUUGGAAUCCUUUGUAUGGGUCCUGAUGUACGUGAUCAGCCGGACCAGCAAUGAACGAAAGGGUCUUCUGACAGAACAGCAUACAUGGAUCAAAGAGCACUUCGUGGAGUCCUUUGGGCAUCAAAGUGUUAAAUUCAUCCAUAUCUCGCGACGCAGCUGCGAACCCCUCGCUGAGGACGUCUACGGAGAUCUGCUGCCACAACCGAUGGUCGCUUUAUUAGUUAGGCUUAAAAAAGCCGUACAUGCCCACUUCGCUCCGCCACCAUCGCAGUGGGUUGAAGAAUAA